CCUUUCAACAAAAAACCGUUGGCUUUGUUUUAUUAAGCAAAUCAAAAGAAAACAUUUGAAAAAUCCAAAAAAACAUACGAAAUUUUUGGAAACGUUUGUCAAAAUUUGCAAAAAUGUACCGUUAGCCGUGUCACUUCUAGAACUAUUAGUAGAAUGACCCCCGAUCAUAUGGUGCUCUUGAAUUUCAGCAUGCAUUGCCUGAAAAUCAUUUAUCUCUAUUGCAUUUGUGUGAACGUGCUCGAACAUUUUCUUUACCACCAUUGAGCGAUGGGUUCAAUUGUCGUUGAAAUCCAUUUUCAAUUUCCGUUUCGGAGAGGAGAAAUGAAACGAUGGGCAGAGCGAUGAAGUCGGAAAAGCGAAUAUUUAUCAAAUUUUCAUAUAAUUUUUAAUAGGCUUUUCCAUCAAACAUAAAUUUAACAAACCGAAAAAGGAAAAAAAGAAAAAACGGAAAUUCAAAUUACCUGUACCGUAAUUACACAAAAGAAUAUGCCAAUAAAAAUGACUUAUGUAUCAAUUUCCUUUACGAUGGCGCAGCCAAGGCACCAGCAACGAGCAACGGACUCGAGGGGAGGGAGAAACAGUUGCAAAAGCAAAAGCAAAAGCAGCAGCAGGACUCAGGACACUAACGUCGCAUCGCAUUGAGAAUGAUAAUAAUAAAAGGCAACAACACGGCAACCAAGCGAAAA